CCCAGAGGCCGGAUUGGGUCUCCGGGGGUUUGGUUUGGUUUGGUUUUGGUUUGAUUUGGUUCCGGCAGCUGUCAGACUUUCUUGUUUGGCCGGAGUGCUUGGCAGCCCUGGGGUGGACUCACCCGGUACUGGGCUCCCUCCAGUACCAGCCUUAAGGAAACUAAUUGACUUCCUCGGUCUCCUAGCAACGAGGGACUGUCUACGUCUACGGACUAGGGGAGCUGCGGCGCAUUCCAAAUCGCUCAGGCGCUUUACCGGAACCCGGGAGCCUGACCCAAACAGGAGCCGAAAACCAGAGCUUGCAAGAAUAAGCAGGAAAUGGCGGACGAGGCGUUGUUUUUGCUUCUCCAUAACGAGAUGGUGUCUGGAGUGUACAAGUCCGCGGAGCAGGGGGAGGUGGAAAAUGGACGCUGUAUUACUAAGCUGGAAAACAUGGGGUUUCGAGUGGGACAAGGAUUGAUAGAAAGGUUUACAAAAGAUACUGCAAGGUUCAAGGAUGAGUUAGAUAUCAUGAAGUUCAUUUGUAAAGAUUUCUGGACUACAGUAUUCAAGAAACAAAUCGACAACCUAAGGACAAAUCAUCAGGGCAUCUAUGUACUUCAGGACAACAAAUUUCGUCUGCUUACUCAGAUGUCUGCAGGAAAACAGUACUUAGAACAUGCAUCUAAGUAUUUAGCAUUUACAUGUGGCUUAAUCAGAGGUGGCUUAUCAAACUUGGGGAUAAAAAGUAUUGUAACAGCUGAAGUGUCUUCAAUGCCUGCUUGUAAAUUUCAGGUGAUGAUACAGAAGUUGUAGAACAUACUGAAGUGCAAGACUGCAGCUGUGUAUAAAGAGUUAAAUUAUUCCUGUAUAAAAUAUUUCAAGUAGCAGUGAUUUAAUUACAUUGUUGGACAUUGGUGUUGAUAUAAGCUAUUUGCUAACUUGUAUAAUGAAAGAUGUAUGCUUACGCAGGAGUAAGGUUGUAUUUAUUAAUUUAACAUACACCAAGUUAAAGCAGAUAAAGAGACUUUCAGAGUGAAAAAAAUUGGUUUCACAUAAACACGAAGAUGUAGGAUCCUUAUUUUAACCAUAUUUGUUUGCUUAGAGUGAUGUGUAUUUUAACAACAGAUGGAGAAGCAAAACUCGGGGUUUGAUAAAUGAGCAUAAAAGUAUGCACCAGUCAGAAUCAUUUGUGUAAGAAUGAACAAAUUUUGAUUUUGUUUUAUGAACUUGUUAAAAAAGCAAACAGCACACUAAAUUAGACUUUAUUUUGUUAUAAUUUAUUUUUAUUAAGAAUUUUUUUGCCUCUAUAAGUGUCAUUAUAUACAUUGUGUAUAUGUGUAAGAGAUGCCAUAUCUACCUAAAUUGUUCAAAAACCAUAAUUUCACUUUAAUAGAAUUUAGUUUUACAAGGAUCCAUUAAUAUAAUAAAAGUUAAAUAUAGAUUAGUUUAAAUGUGAAUUCAGUGACUCCAGGGCCAAAGAAUAUUAAGUAUUUUAGGAAGGAAUUGUUAUAUUUAACUCCUGUUACAGUUUCAACUUGAAGCUUUUCUUUCCUUGUGUGGAAGUUCUGGUGAAUUUCUAAUUUCUUUAUCUUUAUUCCUUUAUUUACUCUUCCCUAUGGGUAGAUAAGGUCACUAAGCCCAUUCAAGAGGGCUUAGCCCUCAUGGCCUGAUAAUCACUUCCCAAAGGCCCUGCCUCCUGAUAUUAUCUGUCACCUUGGUUGUCAGGACUUGAACACAUAUAUUUUCAAGGACACAAAUAUUCAGUCCAUAGUAGAAUCCAACAUAUGGUGAGCAAGGGGAAAGCAGAAUGCUACAGCUAGGGUUAUCUGGUCAAUUGUUUCCAAAUCUGACUAAAAUACAGUUGUAGGAUGGGAGUUCAACUCAGGCAUCAGGCUGGGAUUGACACAAAUUUUAGGGUCAUAAAAGUUAAGAAACUAGACAGAACCUACAAUUUUUUCAAAGUUCUUUGAAAAAUGGGUGUUAUGAUCAAAUACAUUUUGGAACUCCAUGCUCUUUUGUAGAUUUUUAAUGCAUAUUAAUGGCAUGUUAUAGUUUCUGGAGGAAAAAAACAAUUUUAACUUAGUAUUUUUGAUUACAGUACUAUUUUUUCAAGAAACACUAACAGCUCAAGUAAAUAAAAAUUUUAGGGCAAUAUGGGAAACAUUUGUUUUUGUUGUUCCACUUAUUUUUGCACUCAUUGGUUGAUUCUUGUAUGUGCACUGACUGGGGAUUGAACCCACAGCCUUGGUGUAUAGGGACAGUGCUCUAAGCAACUCAGCUACCCAGCCAGGGCUGACUUUUCUAUAAUUUCUAAAACAUUUUUCUCUCUGUAAACAGAUAGUAGAAGUGAUAAUCUGAAUCAAUUUUAAUGUAAGUCAGCUUCUAAUUGGUUUAUUCCGCUAAGACAUACAGGUGAAAUAAUCUUUUAAAAUUUUAAAAUGAAAUUUUAAUGAAAGUACUACCAAAAUUUAGUAAAUGUAUAAUAUCCUCCCGACCGAAAGUAAUGUAUCUUUUAUGUGAACAAAAAAGUAUAGGUGCAAUCUAAUUUAUUUUAUCAAUGUCCUUCAUUUGGUAGCUAUUUUCAAAAUAAUACUUCUAAGUUCCAUAUUUAAAAUUUGUCAUUUCUCAACAAACUUUAGGCUUCCUACCUCUGUUAAGAGUUGGAGAACUUUUUCUUUUCAAUUCCUCAUUAAAAUCAGAAGAUAACUUUUAAUUGUGAAUGCCUCAAUAAAUCCUAUGGCCAUACUGGUAGUUUGCAUACUUUUUUUUUUUAUUACAUUAGUGACUUAAAAUGUCUAUUACUUUUAUUUGUCUCUAUGUUCCUGAAAAAUAUCCUUAUGCCAUGUUGAAUCAUUAUAAAAACAGGUUCUGAGUUACCUAUUCAAGGUCCUCCAGCUUGCUAGAUGAUAGAGCUGUAACUACAUUAAAAUAAUUUCUUAUA